AUGGAGAUUCCAGGCCAUGACCAGGUGUGCCUUCAGUCCUUCAUUCGGACACCAACCGUCACGUUGACUCCAGGCGCCAGUUCAGAGCCACAACAGGAGCAGCAGGAUGAGUCUGAAACUGAGCCUGAAUCCAGCAGGGAGACACCAAAGCCAAACAGCAGCCACCCGCCUCUGGUGCUCGUCCAGUUGCGCAUACAACAGCUUUGCAACAGGCGGUUGGUUCUGCAGCACUUCAGGAAUAAGGAAGGGAGUGAUGGUGACGGGACCACAGAGGAAAUGACCUGUGAGAACAGUGAUGAAGUGUGUGAGCUGGAGGCCAUCCAGAAGGAGCUGGAGGAGCUGCUUGUUAAAAAGAAGGAGUUGGCGAAACAGGGAAAGAGCUCCAACCACACACAGGAAGGUCAAAAUGAUGCACGUCCCACUUUUUACAAAACUAAGACGCCCCGUGGGGGGAUCUACACGCUGCCGCCUCCUCAGCUAAAACAGGAGGACAUCACACUACAGCAGGGGGCAGGAACACCAACAGGCCCGGUCGUUCCAGUGGACAAACUGGAUCGGAUGUCGGCCAUCACUCAGUGUCCGUCCUGUGAACAGGUCGUCUUCACAGAAACCUACAGCACGAUGAGCGAGGCAAUGUGGCAGAUGUGUUGCUUGUGCUCUGUGAUGGGGUGUGUCGCAGGCUGCUGUCUGAUCCCUUUCUUCAUGGACCGCUUCAGGAAUGUCCACCACAAGUGCUCCCUGUGUCAGGCACACAUACACACCUAUCGACCAUUCUGACGUGGAGGUUUUCCCAGGGGACUCCAUGAAGGAAACUCCACAAGCAUUUUCACAUUUUGCUUUUCAUCAAGGACUUUUUUUGCACAUGCAAACAUAGUCUUUAG